UCGUGCGUUUUUUUUAAUUAUUAUUAUUUAUUUAUUUUUUUCGGGAGGGGGGACAGGGGGCGUAUGACAGGAAGAUGGGGAUAUGACGAGGAGAGGGGGAUAUGGAGAGGAGGAGGAGGAUAUGGACGAGGAGGACGACAAGGAUAAAGAGGAUGACGAUGAGGAGCAGAGAUGGGGGAGGAGAAGAGAUGGACGGAGGGAAAAGAGGAAGGGCAGGAGGAGGAGGACGAGUGGGAGGAGGAGGAGACAUGGAUGGCGAGGAAGGGGAGGACACGAGGAAGGUAAGGAGACGAGAAGGCAUGGGAGAUGAGGAAGUACGAGGAGCAGGAGGAGACGAGGAGGAUGAGGAAGGGCAGGAGGACGAACAGGAGGAAGAGAACGAGCCGGAGGAGACAAAAAGGAGAAGGGAGGAGACAUGGAGGAUGAGGAAGGGGAGGAGGAGCGAGGGGUCCGGGGUUGCUGUGGAAGAGGAGCUGGAGGGAGGCAAGAGCUUGACAAGCACAUGUGGCGCAGGACUGGAGAUUAUGUCUCAUUCCAUGUCUAACAGUGGGAGUGGUGGGCUGGAUGUUCAAGUUCCUCCUGGAACUGGGACUGGUACAAGUUCCGGGAGAGGGACGAGGGCAGGGACAGGGACAGAUGGUGAGAAUGGGGUUGGACCUGGGUUCGAGCCAGGGUCACUACCAGAAAGCGAGACUGGGCUUGGUACUCGACUCAACAUGGGACCGGGGAUAGCGAUGGGGAAAGACAGUGAGAGUGGGAUUGCGACUGGGGCUUGUGCUAUGGUGGACUACCCAGAUGGUGGUUCCCUGGAUCUCCGGUCUUCCCCCGACAGUGCGGUGGCCGAGCCUGGGGCUGGGUUUGAGAUUGAGGCUAGGGUUGAGAGUGCGCCUAGGAUUGAUACUGGGACACGAGUUGAGCAUACGAGUGGCACGAAGAAUGAAUUUGGAACCAAGCAUAGGACUGGGAUUAGGACUGAGAGUAGGACCGGGAACGAACCUGCUGGGGGCGGUAUUAGUGUUGGAAUGUGUCGUGGAACAGGAACUGGGACUUCCCGUGUCAGUGGCGACGGGGCAGAAAAUAGGAUGAGGACUGACCAUGGCGGUGUACUGAGGCGGUCUAACAGGAAGAUUACUCAUUCUGCUAUCGUGAGAGAGAUUGUUCAAGACCAGUUGCAGUUUGGCUGCCUGCUCAACAAAAGGGACUGUCCGGGGCUGCCUGAAAGCAGUUUUUGCGAAUUGGUGGACGCUGCCCUGGGUACAAUCAGGGUCCCCGCCUCCAACCAACCUCACAUUCAGAGAUUGAAGGGCCUUGGUAAAGGAGAAAGUAGCCGCCGAAAGACAAAAGCCGAUGGAACAGGGUGUGCGGAGAAGAAGAUGGAAAGACAAAAGAAAGAGGCAACAAAGGAAAAGGAUUCCCUGAAAGCGAAAGACAUGGACAUGCCAAACGUGACAAGAGAUGGAGCAGGAGCAGCAGGAGCUGUAACAUCAGCAGCACCAGCAGCACCAGCAGCACCAGUAGCACCAGCAGCAGAGCCAUGUGCCAUGGUUCCCUGUUUUGCUGGACAUAGUACGGCCGCUCGCCUGCAGAAAGUUCGGAAGCGUGCUGGAAAGCUUCGUGCACAUUCAUUUGCACCCUCCUCGGGAGCUACAGACCCAUCGAUAACGGAUAAAUCUCAACCCCUGGCUACGGACUCGCAAGAGAAUUCAGACAUGAGGUUAUGUGGUGUUGAAAGGUGUCAGCAGCAGCCUGUUGCUGAGCGGUCUGACUUUGGUGUUUCUGAUCACCGCACUUGCGAUUUGGACGACAGGGAAAAUGGUUCAGAAAUAAAGGAAACUAGAGGAAGCAGAGAGAAACAGUCGAUGGAGGGCAGUCCAUCGACAGCAGUCGACCUCUUCUCCAAUCAAACAUCGGCAGCAGGAGAACAGCAAGGGAAAACGAUACCACCAGAGGGAUUGGAAGCUAGAGAAGCGGGAAAAGGGGACUUCAGGGUAUCAUGUGGUCUGUUUGAGGAGGGGAAAGAAAACGUCCGUUGGGAUUCGAGUGAGGCAAAGGGGAAGGGUGCGUUGGACGCGCAGCCGGUGUUUCGGAUAAGAGAAAUUUGCAGGAUGUUUGGGGGAGGAGAAGUUGGAGGGUUGUUUCGAGGAAGGGCCGAGAAGAGGCUCUUCGACGGGUCCUUCAAAGGAGGAGGCAAAGAAAGUGUACGAUGCGAAGAGGGUACCGAUGGCAGGACUGCUAGAGAACACGCGCUUGACGCUGACGAUGCAUGCCCUCUGAACCAUGCGGAGCUGCGUCCGCCCAAUGAUUUCUGUCCAAUGCAAGGGCAUGUCCUCCGGGCUAUGGGGACAGACAUCAUGGCGGAUGUGCCGAUUGAAAUUGGUGGGCUGUGCAGGAGAGUGCCGUCCAGAGGUCGCGUCAUGCGCUCCGUAUUGAUGUGCUAAAAACUAACUACCACUUCACCCGAGCAGAGUGCUGCUCUUACUACCGGUUUACGCGAAACCGGUAAGAGCUUUUUGAUUCGGGCCUGGGCCGGUGGCGAAAGCAUUUGGCCACUUUGAGAAGGCCCAGUUGCUGGUUCCCGAGCCUUGGAACCGAGCCUUGGAAGGUAGCUUCGUCAACUUAGUGUUGUGUGAACUGGUGAUUUAAAGUCCCCCACUCCACUUUGAAUGAUCAAGCGGAAUCGGAGUUGAGAAGGGGAUUGAUCUGGGGAUUUGGUCUUUGGCAGCCACGCCGUUUUUCUGUAAAGAUGAAUGUGGCUGGGUGUGGAGCCAACAUGGCAGCUGUGAGUUCGCUAAACAUUCUCGGUGAAAAAAGAUUGGUAUGCGGAGAUUACUACUACGAUUGCAGAACAAAGGAGUUCCUGUAAUGGUUUUCCUGUAAGCUUUGUGUCCCCGUCACGGCAGUCACAUGCAGCUGUUUGUCAUAGAGACCCUGGCAACAGGUAAGCGCCUUUUUACCAGCAAUCGUAAAUGGGAAAAAAAGGGGGAACGAAAAGUGGUCUCACCUCUUGUCAUGGUAGCGAUGUGAGGACAAGCAGCGAUUGCGAAAACAUCUCAAUUCCACCUACCACAACUCUUGUCAUGUACUUAUUUCCUCUAUAGUCAUUGCUGAUUUCGGACAACGGAAUCAAAAAGGUGUUGGAUUGGGAUUGCGGCCAACUUCAAAGGUGCAACAGUGUAGCUGAAAAAUAGAACCAUAUUCUUUUCUCUCCUGCUCGCUCCCAAGAACCUUGUGACAACGCCUUGUUGAGACGGGAAGCUCAUAAAAGCCUCAAGUGAGGUGCACACUUUUACGGCUCGGAAAGUUUAUGCCGUACACAGUUUAGCGAGGGGAAGAUUUGACAGUACGAGUCGAGUCGGGUUUCCCAUGACACAGUCUGCUAGAGACUUCAUAAGGAGACUUGAAAGCUUUGUUAGACUUAAAAAGUUGGGAAGGAUAUGCAGGGCGACCUAACCUAACCUGUCAGAGCUUGUCUUGUCAGGAGUGAGUGCAAUGGACAUGGAAGGGGGCGUGGAACACACUGAGAAGAGAUUGGGAGUCGGGCGACCUAACCUGUGAGAGUUCGUCUUGUCAGGGGCGAGUCCGAUGGACAUAGCGGAGGGGAGGAGAGGCGGAGGGGGGGGAGGGGUGGCACUGAAACAAGCUGAGAAGAGAGUGGGACACACAAAUGGUUAAAGAGGGGAAGGCAACGGAGGAGAUUUGGGCAGCAGGAGAUAAUUGGAGUGGCCAGUAGCUGAAGAUAGAUACGACUUGGCCCUGUUCCAUGGGCCACCCAGAGUAUGAUCUUAUACGGGGCACAAGUUCGUGCUUGUGGCGCUCGUGGAGGGCUUACGGUUUGUUGAAAAGUGGUUGGGAUUAGGGAGCGUUGAGUAUGGGGUCUUCCUUCUUCGUUGACCUCAACCAGAUUCACCGCCUUGGAGUCUUGGUCUCAUUGCUUACCUGCUUCCUCCUUUCUUUGUACACCGUCCUUGAUCAACCUCGUCAUCAUCUCUUCGUGCCACUUGUCAUCAUCGUCAUGUCAGCCAGCUUCGCUUUCCCUUCUCCCUCCUCUGCCCCCUUGAGUGACAGCCAGCCUUGCUUGUUGUUUACCUGAUUCCACCUGUCCUUGUACACCGUCCUUGCGCGUCCUCGUCUUCUCUCCCUGUUGCUUGCCACCAGCAUCAGUAUUAGCCAUUUUUGGUUCUUCUCCCUCGUGCCCCCUUAAGUUACAGCCAGCCCUGCCCUGUUUCUCACCUCCCCCUCCAUCCCACUUGUCUGUCGUCGAUUUCUCUGUCGUUCACCUUAUUAUCAGUUGCUUGCUGAUUUUACAUAUAUAUAUAAACUCCGACGACACACAGCCCCUCGUUUGUUGUCCUCUUCUCCCUCUCUGCCUUCGGUUUACCGCGAAGAUCUGUUUGAC